GCGGUCGUUCUGUGACAAACGCUGGUGGGGGUGGAGGAGGAGGAGGUGGAGGUCGACGGGCACCGAGUUUACGACUGGUGAACGGAAGAGCGACUACAGGGAUCAGUUUGCACACCAGCAGCACAGAAUCCGUUCGUUCACCCCAUUACCACCUCGGCCAGCAACAAGGCGGCAACAACAAUAACAAUAACAACAACAACAGCAACCAUAAUAAUAAUAAUAACAACAAUAAUAACUGCCACGCCGGUAAUAACCCCGCCACGAACAAUUAUCCACGGCUUAACAAAGAUGACAGCAUCAAGAUCAGCAUCGAGAACACGAACACUUGCACGGACAGCCUCGUCACUGCUCUAGACGACGAGACAUUGCUCAUCACCGAUUUCGUGGCCGACCAAGGCAACGAGAUGAAUUACAAGGGCAGCGGGAAGGUCCACUUCGGAGUGGACGAUGUGUCCCUCUAUGGGACGCCGAAGGAGGAGCCGGGCCCGGGACUUCCGGGCCAGGAGGUGAAGCAGAGCUUCUUGAAGAAUCAGCUUCAGGCCCUGUUCCAGCCCACGGACAACAAGUUGGCCAUGAAGCUAUUCGGCAGCAAGAAGGCUCUGAUGAAGGAACGGAUCAGACAGAAGGCUGCAGGUCACUGGGUCAUCCAUCCUUGCUCCAGUUUUCGAUUCUACUGGGACCUCUGCAUGCUCCUCCUGCUGGUAGCUAAUCUGAUAAUUCUGCCAGUCGCCAUUAGUUUUUUCAAUGACGACCUAAGCACUAGGUGGAUAGCCUUCAACUGCCUUUCCGACACGAUAUUCCUCAUAGACAUUGUCGUCAACUUCAGGACAGGUAUAAUGCAGCAGGAUAACGCCGAGCAAGUGAUCCUGGACCCGAAGUUAAUCGCGAAAAACUACCUCAGGACAUGGUUCUUUCUCGACCUCAUUUCCUCCAUACCACUAGACUACAUUUUCCUCAUAUUUAAUCAAUUUCAGGACUUUAGCGAGUCCUUCCAGAUCCUGCAUGCUGGCCGUGCUCUAAGGAUCCUCAGGCUUGCGAAACUGUUGUCGCUCGUUAGGUUACUACGGUUGUCAAGACUGGUGCGGUAUGUCUCGCAAUGGGAAGAGGUCUAUAUAUUGCAGAACCUACAAAAAAUACGCGCUGAGCGGAGGGGGCGCCUAUGUUCUGACAAUAUGAGUAAAAAGAAGUACGGUUUCAGCAAAAGCGACCUUAUUUUUAAGUUCCUGAAUAUGGCGUCGGUGUUCAUGCGGAUUUUUAACCUGAUCUGCAUGAUGCUCCUAAUCGGUCACUGGAGUGGUUGCCUGCAAUUCCUGGUCCCUAUGCUCCAAGGAUUUCCUAGUAACUCCUGGGUCGCCAUCAAUGAAUUACAAGACGCACACUGGUUGGAACAAUACUCAUGGUCCCUUUUCAAAGCCAUGUCGCACAUGCUCUGCAUCGGAUAUGGAAGGUUUCCACCGCAGUCCUUGACCGACAUGUGGCUCACUAUGUUAAGCAUGAUCAGCGGUGCUACCUGUUAUGCACUUUUCCUUGGACACGCCACGAAUCUCAUUCAAUCUCUCGAUUCCUCAAGAAGACAAUACCGCGAGAAGGUGAAACAAGUGGAGGAAUACAUGGCCUACCGGAAGUUACCGCGAGAAAUGAGACAGAGGAUCACGGAGUACUUCGAGCACCGUUACCAGGGUAAAUUCUUCGACGAAGAAUUGAUUCUUGGAGAGCUCUCGGAGAAACUAAGAGAGGACGUGAUCAACUACAACUGCAGAUCGUUAGUCGCCUCGGUACCCUUCUUCGCCAAUGCUGAUUCGAACUUUGUCUCUGACGUUGUUACUAAACUGAGAUACGAAGUCUUCCAGCCAGGUGACAUCAUCAUCAAGGAAGGCACGAUCGGUUCGAAAAUGUACUUUAUACAAGAAGGCAUCGUCGAUAUCGUGAUGGCGAACGGUGAGGUCGCGACCUCUCUAUCAGACGGCUCUUAUUUCGGCGAGAUUUGCCUGUUGACGAACGCCAGGAGGGUGGCGUCCGUUCGCGCCGAGACCUACUGCAAUCUCUUCAGCCUCUCGGUGGAUCACUUCAACGCCGUGUUGGACCAGUAUCCGCUAAUGCGCAGAACGAUGGAAAGCGUUGCCGCCGAGAGGUAUAAGCUUUGGUUGAAUAAAAUCGGGAAGAAUCCGAACCUGGUGGCGCAUCGCGAAGAGGAUCUCGGCAGCGAGUCGAAAACGAUAAAUGCCGUGGUGAAUGCGCUCGCUGAGCAAGCUGCGCAUGCUAGUGCUAGCGUGGAAUCGGUGCACAGCAUGGAACUGAGGAGCCUACCAGCUUGCCUGCUACCCAGACCAAAGUCUGAGAACAAUUUCGCGAGCCAGGAGUUGUCGAGAGAAGGACGAAGGAUCUUCCACAAAAGCGACACUUUCCACAAGGACUCGUAUCAAUGACGACACUCGUUAUACUAGCAUACAGAGAGAUACUAACGGCUCCAACGGACGGCAGUACGCGAACCUGUCGACCUAGGAUCACCAACGGCGGCCGUUUUAAGCCUAGAUCCUGGACGCUAUACUAGAAGCAGUUUAUACAUAGAUAUACGCCAUGCCAGUAGUCUUCUAGCGAUCGGUUUAUUAGCGCCUUCUUAUAUUAACCCGACGGCACUUGUUCUGUCCAGGAUCUAUGCGUAAAAUCGCGCGGACCAAGAAGAGAUCCAAAGUUCUCCAACGGUGGCACAGGCUGGGAACUCGAUUAAUUAAUUUCCGUUUCUUUCGAGACGCUUAUUUUCUCAACACGUCGACAGCAAUAAACGAAACGAAAGCAGAAUGAAACGAGGACGAAGGACUCAGGAUCGUGUGUUCCAGGUUUGUGUUUGAUCGCUGAUUAAACCAGUUUGCUAUAAAUAGACUAAACUGUGAGAUGGAUUCGAAGAGGAUAAUGAAGAAAGACUGUGUCAUCGAUUGGAGAACAGGGAGCCGUUUCCUGCCCGCGAGGAUCUUCAUCUUUUUACGAAGCGUUCGACAGAAGCUGAAAGCGAGAGAGGAUGAAGACCUCAACGACGACGAAGAGCAGGCCUAGAAAUUUAUAGAGCAUACGUAGCCAAUCUUGGACUAGGUAGAAGUCCUAAACGACAGUGUUAUUUAAAAAAGCGAUGCGUAAUUCUCUGUGAUUUUGCAAAGCCGUUUCGCACUUUUAGGGAGACGAUAAUGAAAAUUAUGGGGUAGGGAAGGGGGAAAUGUUACGAUCCGUACAAGCGACUAGGGUUCUGUUUUUCUUUUUCUAAGGACAACUAACGUUAUAGAAGAGAAACAUACUCGAGAGAUACUCCGGUUAUAAGUUUGUUAACGUGUUUUAACUUUAGCUUCGAGUGAACAAACGAGACCAGGAAGAGGAAGGAUAAAAAUCGAAGAAACGUGGAAUAAUUUGAAAGCUGGAAAUGAAAGAAGAUAAAGAGGAUGAAAAAUAUAAAUAUAAUUUCGAGCUCGACAAAAAUUUCAUAAUCGGAAUUUAGGAAGACCGUCCUGAAAUUAAAAAAAAAAAAAAAUGAAGGAAGAAGAUUCAACGUUGAAAGAGAAGACAAAAUUUUCCGGGGAGAGGGUACAGAAACGAGGGGGUUGGUUUAGGUCAUUCUACAAAUGGAAAAUUAAUAAUUAUAAAAAAGAAGUCUAAUCGAACCGCCCAAAGACCGUGUUAACUUGUUGAGUGAUCUUUGGGCUGUCGUAAUUAAGAAGCAGAGAAAGGAAAGAAGAAUAAAAAUUAAUUAAACACGUCAAUGAAGAGAGAGAUAUUAAGUGAAAACGCGAAGAGCUGUAUCUUUUUAUUCAGGCUAAUAGACGCGAUGUACUAUAAUGAAAGAAGAAGAGAAAUAAACUGAAGAAGAGUAAAGAAGAAGCUAUAAAUAUUAUGUAAUAAAUUAUUAUUAUUGUUACCAAUUAUCAUUGCAAUGAUUACUACAUCCACUACCGCAUAAAAGCUAGGCAGAUUAAAGGAAGUAAGACGUAAAUGAGAAGAGACAACACAUAUUAUAUAUACGUAUAUAUACAUAUAAAAAGUAUGCAUAGUGGUCAAUACCGUGUUGCAAGAUAUUAUUAAAUAAUAACGUUUUAACUGUAUGCGAGGAAGGGUUAUAAACACCGACAAAAUAACACCGAUACUUACGGACAUUCUUACCCGACUUUACCUGAUGAAAAUGCUGAUUUUAAAUCAAUUCCAAUCCGACGUAUAUUUUCACCCGUAGAUAGAUUAAUGAUAAUCCAGGUUGAACGACUUUACAUUUGUUCCACUUACUGUAUUAUUUCUCUGUAGCUGUUGAUACGUUUUAAUGGUGUUAUCCUUUGAAAGUUUAACGCGACUGUUGAAUUUAUCUGAUAUUAUUAUAUUAAUACUGAGAGGAGAGAUACUCGGUUCUGAGGAAAGACUUUCUGGAUCAAGGGCUUUUGAAUUUACAUUUUUACAAUUCUCCAAUAUAAAUAUUACAUUUAUAUUCUAUUUCAAUUAUCAAAGUGUCAAGCGUUUACUUCAAAAUUCUAGAAAUAGAUUAUUCUGUAACAUUGUUAUAUCUGAAAUUCCAUUGCUCACGAUCAGUUUUAAUAGUAGAACUCUUACAAUAAUAUAGCAAUAAAUAAAUUAAGUUUCUUUUAAACUUGGGGUGAAUAAUUUGAAAAGGAAACUGUUAAGUCUUCUUCACUCGAUAUUACAAUAAAAAUACCAUAAUAGUAAUUAUGUUACCAUGUUUAAAUACCCUGAACAAAUUAUAAAGAAUUCUAAGCAAUAAAUAAAUAAAUAAAAUUCGAAAGCCCAUGUUACAGACGCUACUCGAUCGAGCCUAGAUCGUAAUCUGUUAACGAUAAUACUCUUCUUUAAUCAAUUAAAUUUUAUAGGAGUCUAAUUUAUGAUACCAACAAAGUUGCUCGUUACUUUGACACGUUUAUGUUAAAUACUUCGACGUACACGCGUACACACACAAUUCACUGACGACACACACACACACACAUACACACACAAAGAAGAACACAGUGCAGGUGAAAGAAACGUGCCAUUCGUUUCCUAGUUGAACGUUGUAACACAUUUCAUGCAUAUGUGAUUAUAUGCAUACAUGUACAUAUAUACAUAUAUAAAUAAUUAAGAAGAAUCUAGGAAUAUUAUACAUGCGUUUCAUACAUAUACAUGUACACCUGUGUAACCAUAUGCAGGUGUAAACAUAUACACCUACACACGUGCGAGGAAAACAGAAGUACCUAUUUUUCAUGUAAGAGAGAGAUAGUUUUCUGUCAUUAUUUUACAACCCCUCACGUCAUCCUGAAUAUAUUAUAUAUAUAUAUACAUAUAAAUAUACAUAUACGAUAAUACUAAUUAUAAUAAUGAAUUAUAUUGUAAUAGAAGAUGAAGAAGGAUGAUUCGCGUACAGUGGGUGAUAAGCAUCCUACAAAGUGGUAGAAUACUCGUAGACCGCAUGACACCGACGUUUUUAUAGAUUAAUCUAUACACACAAGAGAUAUAAAGAGAUAAAAUAAAAUAAAAUAAAUUAAGAUCGGUCUAGGACUAAUCUGCCAGCGAGGUUCGGGCCUAAGGCGUACGCGUAACUAAUUAUACAAAUGAAGAAUUAAAAAAUGAAAAAAAAAAAAAGGAAAAGAACGAGGGAUGACGAGGAGAUUGAAAAAUGGGAAUUGGAAUUAUUGUUACUAGAAUAUGAACGAGGGUGGGGAAAGAUUAGUGGCGAUAUUAAUUAGGAAGAAACGAGAGAAAGAGAGAAGGAUGUUGUGUACUCUUUGCUAUCACUGCUAAAACGAUAGACAACUAUGUAAUCACUGUCUGCUAUAAUGUUCACGAGAGAUGCUACUAACGUGUUAAAAAGAAAAAUGAGAAAAAAAGAAAUAAAUAGUGCAGAGUAAUAGUGGCUGCAAAAAGAGGGUGUAGCAUUGACGAUGGAUAUGAAGAGGGAAGAGAGAAAAAAGAAAAAGGAAUAAAAAUAAAACAUUAGGAUUAUUAUUAUGGACGAGCACAGCGACAGGGAAGAAAAAUCGUGUUUAAAAGAAAAAAGUGAGAAAACCCCAAAAAAAUUAUCGUGCGAACGUUCGAGAUGCACGUUAUAUUGCUAUUAAUGCAAACAGAGUGAGAUGUAAUUAAGGAAAUAAAUAAAAUGAAAAAAAAAAAACAAAUAAAAGAGGUGAACACGAUCAGGGGGUCCGGAAAUCGGAAAUGGUAUGUAAAUUUUUGCCUGUAAUAGCGGGGAUGAUGGUGACGAUGUUCAAUUAAAAUAACGGGGGGGAUAGUAAUACAGGAGACUCUCGUUAUAUUGCCACGUGAGUGAUUUAAAGUAUAGUGUUACCUUUCCGCCAUCAUAGUCUAUGAAAAUGAAGAAAUCAUUUCUAUUUUUUCUUCUUCUUAAAAUGAGAACCUGGGAGCUUGACAAAUUCUCCAUUCAACAGCCCCGUCGACGGCAAUAUAACGAGAAUCUACUCUUCACAGAUCGUUCAGUUUUCUAAACUAAAUAACGAUGAAUUGCGAGAUGAUCGUUCGCGGUUACAGAUGGACGAAACACGAUAUUGAACGACGUUCUAGACUCUAGAAUCUAGAGGCAGAAUAUUUCAAAUCAAAUAUAGAUUAAUGUAUACAGUUAUUGACCUCUGUACAAUUAUUGACUCUUUUUCUAAAAAAGUAGGAAAUAUAAUAUAAUGGUAUAAUUUUAUUCAGGCUAAGAAAGAUAAUUAAUUAUAUUUUAUUAUUUAGCCCUUGAACAGUAAAAUCUGGGUCAAUCAUGACCAAAAAGGAGAUGUUAACUUAAAAAUGUAUAAUUUAUAAAUAAAAGAGUUUUAUGUAUUAGAAAAAUAAUUUUCAAAGGGAUAGUUUUAAUUUAGAAGUACAGAAUUAAAUUACAAUUGUGGCUCUCUCCAUGGUCCGCCAUCCGAGGGUGGAGAAAUGCAUUAUAUUAUAUUUCUUACGCUUUUAGGAAAAAGGUUAAUCAUUAUAUAUGGGUAAUUAACUGCAUACGUUACUCUAUUACAUACACAAAAAAAGACUGUAGCGCCAUAAAAUGUGUAUCUCGGAUCUUACAUAUCAGACGUUUCGUUUCGAGCGACUAUAAGAAUUCGUUCCCGGCGAGAUUUUUCGCUGUACGGUUAAAUAAUUUUCCCGUCUUUCUGAAAGCACCGUCUGGACACGUCUGAUGAUGGAUAGUACGUUAAAUUUUAUAUUAAAAUUGCUUUUAAUAUUAAUAUUGUGAAAAUUAAGAUUUUGCCCAGGGAAACCAGAUUUUAGAUUCAGUGUAAAUUAUUAUUAACUUUUGCUAUCUGUUUUGCUUUUUGAAAUGUUGAAACGUUCAAAUCUUUGAUAUAGAAGUUCUACUGUCUCAAGAAAGCAAUUAUUACAACUUUUUACUCGCACAGGAAGUACUUCAGCAUCAUUGUACAUUUCUAUCACUUUCCAUGCUAUUCAAAGAUUUGAAUGUUUCAAGAUUUCAAAAAUCUUGCAUAUUUCGCAGUAAUUUGCAUUUCUGUCCUGUUUCAAAUUUCAACUAUACCUUGAUUUCUGAAGGAUUUAUAAAUAAUCCAAAUUCUAACUAAUCCCUUGAUUAGAUAAAAAUAAUCUAAACAUAGGCACAUUGGCUAUGAAAUGAAUGCUUAAAUUUAAUUCUUUAAAUAAACAAAUGUCCAUUUCAAACAUUCGAAUAUUAUUUCUCAUAAGUCUAUGAAGAUUUUCAAAUACCAAAGGUCCAUCACCAGACAAUGUACCACAGUUUCUCGAAGACACUUCCCCGCCCAGACGAAAGCCAAAAAAGUCUCGCAAUUCACCUCGAUGAUUCCCACCUAAGAAUUCCUAUCGAGAUCCGUCAAGUCGCGAGUGCAGCGUAGUCGAGCUGAACAAAAGUAGCGAUGACACAGUGUAGAGCACCGCACACCUAACUAAAAACACUUCCGUUUCCGGUUUCAAGGAUCGAAUGCGUAAUUAAGCGAAAAAAAGAAAAAAGAAAAUAAAAUAAAAUAAAAAAUAAAAAACGAUCGAUAAUGAAACAUGCGACUGUCCAAUGCCAAGUAGAAUGCUAAGCUUCGUUAGACAGUAAAACACUGACAAAGCGUUUCUCGGUGAUCUCUACAGGGUGACGCAAGACUGGCGUUGUACAAAAAAAAAAAAACACAAAAAUUUAACAAAAAAAAAAAAAUCGGUGUCUCUUCUAGAACCUAAGUCGACGAUAGAUCCAAUCGCUCGCACGAUCCCCGAGCGUGAUCGAAUUUGAUUUUUCUACCUGUUCUAUCGUUCGUAAGCCACGCACGUGAUCGAAACAACGAACUCGAAGAUAUUAAAGAAAAAAAAAAAAAAAAAAAAAAAUA